AAGUGUGUUGGCCGCGCCGCGUGCCGGGAGGGUUGGCGGCCCUGGCCAGGUGGCAGGGCAGUGUGUGGCCAUGUCCCGGGAUGGCCGCGGUGGUGCCUGCCCGCGCCGUGCUCCUCGUCACCCUCAACAUCCUGCGGGUGCUGUGCCGCAAAUACGGCCUCUACCUGGCGCUGGGCCUCACGCUGGUGCUGCUGCAGGGAUACUCCGGCUACCAGGGGCUGCGGCGGGCGCGGGAGGAGCCGCAGGAGGGGGAGCUCGGCCGUGCCCUGCCCAGCGAGGAUGCCAGUAAAUCUCAGGUGGAUGUUGAGAGCAGAGUGUACCAGGUGGACAAAGGGGAUGCCGACAGCCACAACAAGGGGCCACCAGACCCUGUGGAGGCCAGCAGCCAAGAGUUGAGUCGUGACUGGCUGGGCAUCGACCUUCCAUGUACCAUCAGGAGUCGGGAGAGUCUGUCAGCCAUCAAGCGGGCCACGACGGACCACUGCAAGGCCCUCAUCGCCAACAUUACGUGCCAUAUUCAAGCCGGGACCUUUUACCCCAAACGGCUUCAGAGCUCCUGUCCUUCCAAUGGAAAGGUGCGGGGCAAGUACAUGGGCUGUUUUAUGGACAGCCGGGAGAACCGGAUCUUGAGGGGGCACGCCGGCCAGCUGAGGCGCAACACCCCAAACCUGUGCUGCGACAUCUGCUUCCAGCGCGGCUACAUGUAUGCCGGCGUGGAGUAUGGGAAGGAAUGUUUCUGCGGCAACGAGGACCUGCCCCUCCAGAUGAAGGCCUCGGACAAUAUGUGUGGCAUGGCGUGCAGCGGGGACGCCAAGUUCAAGUGUGGCGACUACCUCUACAUCAGCAUUUACCAAACAGGACUGGCCAAGUACACACCGGUGGCACUGAAGGGGUCGUCCACGCACCCAGCGAACAAGCCUGUGAGGAUUGCCUUUGUUCUCACCGUGAAUGGCCGGGCUAUACGGCAGCUGAGGAGGCUGGUCAAGGCGCUCUACCACCGGGACCACUACUUCUUCAUCCAUGUUGACUCCAGGCAAGAAUACAUGUACCGUGAGGUGUUGAAGCUGGAGGAACAGUACAGCAACAUCCGGGUGUCUCGCUACCGCCUCUCCACCAUCUGGGGGGGCGCCUCGCUGCUCAAGAUCCUCCUCCACUGCAUGGUCCAGAUCACCCACAUCAAGGAGUGGGAUUGGGACUUCGUUAUCAACCUCAGCGAGUCAGAUUACCCCAUCAAGAAGAAUGAGGAACUGGUGACAUUCCUAACAAACAACAAAGAACGUAAUUUCCUGAAGUCCCACGGCCACGACACCAACAAGUUCCUCCAGAAGCAGGGCCUGGACCGCACCUUCCUGGAGUGUGAGAACCACAUGUGGAGGAUCGGGGAGCGCCAUCUACCCCUUGGUAUUCGUGUGGAUGGUGGGAGUGACUGGCUGUGUCUGAACCGCGCCUUUGUGGACUACGUGGUGACCAGCCAGAGUCAGCUGGUGCGGGGGCUGAAGAAAGUUUACUCCUACACUCUCCUGCCGGCGGAGUCCUUCUUCCACACUGUCCUCCGCAACUCUGAGUUCUGCCAAAGCUUCACCGACAACAACCUGCACAUCACCAACUGGAAGAGGAAGCUGGGCUGCAAGUGCCAGUACAAACACAUCGUGGACUGGUGUGGCUGCUCCCCCAACGACUUCACUCCGUCUGACUGGGGGAAGCUGGAGGGUUCAACCUCGAGGAAUUUGUUCUUCGCACGUAAGUUUGAGGCCGUCAUAAGCCAGGCCAUAAUAAACCAAGUGGACGGCUGGCUCUACACUCCAUACUACACCUCCACGCCCGGUCUUGAGAAUUACUGGGAGAAUCGCUACCACCACGAAGACAUGCCACAGACCAGCAUGGAUGUGGGCCUCACCCUGCACCACUCCGGGGCCAGACUCAGCACCCGGGCGGUGGGGCAGCUGGCCACCACCAGCAGGAACAAAUGUGAAGUGUACGCCACCACGGUGCUGACGGCCCACUCCUACCACCACAGCGACACUCUGAAGGGUGUUCUGAUAGAGUACGCGGCGAGGGCUGAUGACGCAACCUUCCACCUCGAGACUUGGAUAUUCCCCCACGUCAAAUACAUGCCACCCUUUGAGAAGCCCAAUCACAGGCUGACAGAUCUUGAGGUUGGAACAGACUUUGACGUGAAGGAGCAGGUCUUCCGCAACUUCGGGGUUCCUCUGGGGCCCAACAGUGACGUGACGGUGGUGACGCGCUGGUCGGCGGACGUGGCCGUGGAGGAGCAGGCCGGAGAGGAGGACAGCCUGCAGCACCCUCACCUCGUCCUGGCAGACCCCACCAUGACACUCGUGGCUGAAGAAUUCCUCACCUUGGAGUCUGGAGAACAGAUCUUGCCGCACACCUUCACGCUGCGUAAGCCACUCCUGCCAGGGGCCUGGACGGUCAGGGUCAUCAUUGACGGUGCUGCUGUGGCCUCUCACGCCUUCCUGGUCCUGCCCCAGCAGUUCAUCCAGGGUCGCCAGAUAUCGGUCCAGAAGGCCAGGGAGCUACAUCGUGGGCCAUCAGAACCCUACACAGAUGACGACCUCUCCCACCUCACGGCUCUGCUCAGCCUGAGUAAUCCGGGCAAUGCCUCAGCCAAGGAGAUGAUCAGCCACCACUCCAACCUGUAUGGUCCACAACUCUCUCAGUGGAUAGAUGAACUUGUCAGCAGGUUCUACACCAUCCAAGACUCAUGUUACGUGGACAGCGAGCAAGUCCCCGAGUGUGUCCGCUUUCUGCUGGACUCCUGCUCCCACUCCUCCUGGAGCUCCCUGGCGCCGGACCCCAAAGCUGAUCUCGGUGAGGUUGACGCCAGAACUGGAAGAAUCUCGGAUCCAUAUCGCAUCGGAAAUAGAGAGUUUUAGAAGACCUAUUUUUAUUAAUAUAUUCAACUAUUAUCACUAAUCUAGAGCCCUUUCUAAAUAUCAUCAACCAUAUCAUCCCGAGCUUGGAAGGCAGCUGUAAUGUCUCCACUUUCAUAUCUUCCCACGUACCUUCUACUACCCUUUUAGUGUCCUUUUACAUUACAUUGCUGGGGCCAAUAGAUAUAUGGAUAGUAUCUGAUGCUCUGGCAUGUUGCAAAGUGUUGGCUGUGUUCUGUUGGUACGUAGGAAGCCUUCAAGUCUUAGAGAGAGAUAGGAAAAAUUGUGAUACUUCAGUUGACAGUUAAUAUUUAUAGAAAUGAUAUACAGGAGGUUCUCGGGUUACGACGGAGACACGUUCCUUAAGACGUGUCGGAACACACCUAAAUAAGCACCCACUUAUGCUAACGCAGUAGUAAAGUCAUACGAGUGGAAUGUAAACAACAUGCCAGCCUCAGUGCAACGCUUGGUGAUGACAUAUUCUUCCACUGCACUCAACAAACUAGUUCCCGCGUAAGCAUCAUAAGUCGAAACCACGAAACGUCGUAGGUCAAGACUGUCGUAACCUGAGGAUUGCCUGUAUUGAACAUUUAUAUGUGUAGGGAGCUGUGUCAUGCUGGAAACAUGGAGAACCAAAAAUCUAGUUUACUUAGACUUGCAUUUAAACCUUUUUUCUACACAAGUGACAUUGAAGUUACAGUAACAGUACGCUGAAGCUUUAAAUUGCACCUACGGUCGUGAUUAGGCAAUGUUGUGUGUAUAGGAGCACCAUCAUCAUCAUAUAAUUUCAAAAUAAUGACCAAACAAAUUUUUAAGAUUUAUUUUUCACUUUUGUAAAAAAUGGAGUCAAAUUCCUCAGUCAUUUGUUCACCAAUUUUUCUUACUCGCAAAUUAUAUACUUUCCUGUUAUCAUAACAAACAUACCUAUGUGAUUACUUUUUUUAAUAUCUGGUUUCAUUUACUUGAUAUUAGAUAUGGAAAAAAGGUGGCCUUUUUAUAUAUGUUUUUUCGUUAAUAGUUGAACUUGGGGUUUGUUUUAUCAAUGUCAUGCAAAAAAAAAGCGAUCUUUUUUUUUUAUUUAUUUCGAGUUUUCAGAAAAACGCAAUUAAAGUUUGGUUUCCAUCUUCAUGCCCCAGUGAAGUUGCAGUGUCACAAAUCUCCUUUUAUAUGAAUGGUAUGGAUUCAAUAAUCACAUACCAAUGCAUGUACAUAAUGAUAUGAUGCCUGGUCCCCUUUUAUAAAAGGUAAUAGCUGUUCAAGGGCGAGUGUGUCAGGACACACCAAGCCCCUCGUUGUUGCCAGGUUUGGUCUAACAGUUCCCCGGUGCAUAUUCCUCACUGUUACUUCCACUGUCCUUCUUCCUCUUCAUCCCCUUGGUUGGAGUUUUUCUUUUCUCUCAGAGUUCUAAUCCUAGUUUUUUGUGUGCGGCUAAGGUUCCCUUCCAACCAGUGUUCCCCACGCUCAGAGGGUGGAGGCCAUGGCGUGCCAUAAUGAAAGGCGCUAACUGAGUUGGGAGACUCACUAGAAUGCACUGAUGUGUGAUUAUUAUGCAUUAUUCAUUGAAAAAAGCACAUUGUAAAGAUACCCAGUGUUCCACGCCCACACGCAGGGUAUUUAAACUCCUUCGCUAGGGGCAUUUAAAUUCAUGGUAGACAAAAAAAUACACCACCACUCAAUGCCUCUAAGCCAGUAGAUGUUGGGACAACAUGUAACUCAAUUUUUAUUUCAAUAUUUGAUGGCAUACUCUCCCCUUAAUGCUGAUUUAUAAUAUAACUAAGCAGUCACUUCUGAUUCUAUUUCUAACUGAUUAGGUGUUUGUGAGGAGUUACAAAUGCCAGUUGUUAUUACAUAGGCUAAGCUUAUCUGAUCACAAAACUGAUAUUCUACUUUACUAGGUCACAAUAUUGUACAGAGUAACUUGUCUCCACUCAUCCCAUUACUUCACCCUAGUCAGUCUGGCUCUGGCACAAAUGGAGUCAAGUUUAGAGCAAUAAAUAAUGUCAUAUCAGCAUGUUGAAGGAAACGUGUGAUAUCUACUAUAGGGUAGCGGCCAACUUGUUGAUAGAUUUGUAUCCGAAAAAUUGUGAUGAGAAGCGCCAUGAUUGUUUCUGAACCCGAGUCGUUCACCUUUAGGGGGGAGGGAGUGGCAUUAACCUGUUCAUGGCAGAGGUGGGAGAUUAAGUUACUUUCAGGUUUCACAAAAAAACUUUUAAAUUACAUAUCUUGCACAAAUGUCUUUUUUACUUAUAGGAGGUUAAUUCUAUGACAGCUGGAACUUUAUGAAUUGCUCAAUAUUAAAAAUGGUUUGUGCCAUAUGUUUACAAAAGCAUGAAGGUUGAAAGAGUUGAACUGACAUAACUUACAUAGAGGUCUCAGAAUGUUGUAGUUGGAGUCAUGUAAUAUGUGGUCAUCAAAUUUUUUUAAACCAACCAUUCUCCCGAUACUCAAUCGCUGGUACUUUCCCACAGCACCAGUUCUGUAUUUUACUCAAAAAUAUAACAAACCUCUAUUGUGACACGAGGAAGAGGUCAGUUGCAGUAUUUCAUUCAAUCUGAGUCCCAUCAAGGCACGUCAGUCACAGUGUCAUCACCAGAGCAAAUCUGAAAAGAGGGACAUACAAUUACAAUUCAACUUAAUACUACACAACAAGUGCCAUACUAUGAGCAUAAAAACUGAAAAGUGCAGCUACAAAAAACAUGUUUUAUACUGCAUGAGGUGGCAUAUCAAGUGGCAUCAAAAACAUGGUAAUGCAAGCAUCAUAGCAUCAUAAACAUGGUAAUGCAAAAAUUGAAGUUACUCUCCCAAUUCUAGCCAUGCUGUUAUGAACUUUAUUACCCAGACUAAAGAUUACUAUUUUUUCCUUUUGUUUUUCAUAACUCUGUCUUAGUAAUCACAGGAGGUUUUAGGCUCAUUUCUACAUCUUCAAGUUUAUCAGAAAAUUUGUGGGACCACUGUAUUGCAUUCCUUUAAGAGGCCAGUCUCCAUUACCUCGCUUGAGUACAUGUAAAAUUACCUGUGGUGAGAUUACUUCAUGCAAUGUGUAUCAUAGUUACCGGUCUUCAGUUGUUUAGUGGCAUUUAUUAAUAUUAAAUCAAUAAUUAUGUCUCAUCUUGCAAUUUGAGAGUUUGUGAUUUGUUCAUGAACUGUAUUUGCCAGCAUCAGAAUAACAAUAUUCAUGUUGCUUGACAUCGGCAAUAAUUUUCCACAAGUACAUGUUUCCCUUCAAACACCUGGCUAAUACACUAGCAUGAGUGUUGUGAUGCUGCAUUUUUACAGUUAUUCUGCCCAGGGCAGUGUAAAGAAUUUAAUUAGUUAUUUGUACUGUUGUUGUUGAUGGAACAAUGCAGCUGAGUACAGAACCAUGAACUGUAGAUAAAACGGCUGACCUGCCAAUCUGCCAGCAUCACAAUUUCAGUUGGUUGUGUCUCGGCUGUUUUCCUUCCCCCCAAACUCUUCUGGCACAUUGUUAAUAGUGCACAGUAAUGUUUUGUUGUGUAUCUAGUUCAUAUGGACAGAGAAUACUCAUUUUGUGGUAGCUACUCCGAGGUCUUGUGUGCACAACCUACUGUCAUCACCUUUAAGUGUUGCUCCUGUUCUUAUAUAUUAGUCUGUCCUUAGAGAGUCUAGCCAGUUACAUAUAUUUUUAUGGUUGUUUGUUAGUGAAAAUGCCAAAGAAUAAGAAAUGAGCAAACUAUCAUGUUUGUAACCAUAUCAUAGUUUGGGUGGCGAGAGACUGUGAUUCACUCUACUACAUUAGGUAUAGGGAAGAACUGUAUGCAUAAGGUAUCACUUUGUUUGAGGUUGUAGUUAUUAUUCUGAAGUUGUAAGAUCAAAUUUGUAUCAGUAUUUUGUGAAAUUUUUGAAAGUAUAAAUCAAUAUAUUACAGUUGUUAACAUUCACU